GGCUUCUUGUUCCUCUCCGCCAGGCCCGGUCUUUCUCCUGCUGACCAGACACUGCUGUCCCCUGGAACCAACCAUCCCAAAUACCAGUUGAGUCCUACGAAGCGUCUUGAUCGAUUUCACCAUGCCGCUUAUCGCACAAAACCCCACGCCACGAGUCAUCCUUGGCUUGAUGACCUUUGGUCCCGAUGAAUCCAAGGGUGCUCGUAUUACCUCGCUUGACAAUUUCAAUACGUGUCUCGAUCAUUUCCAGAAGCAAGGUUUUAACGAGAUCGACACUGCGCGAGUCUACGUGGGAGGUGAACAAGAGGCGUUCACUGCCCAAGCCCAUUGGAAGGAACGUGGGCUGACUUUGGCAACAAAAUGGUAUCCCCACACUCCGGGUGCACAUAAGCCUAACGUUCUUCGGGAGAAUCUCGAAUUGUCCUUGAACCAGCUGGGGACAGACACCGUCGACAUCUUCUAUCUUCAUGCUCCCGAUAGGUCGGUCCCAUUUGCGGAAACAUUGGAGGCUGUCAAUGAACUGCAUAAGGAAGGCAAGUUCGUAGAGCUUGGCUUGAGUAACUACACGGCCUUCGAGGUCGCGGAGAUAGUGACGAUGUGUAACGAGCGAGGCUGGGUCCGGCCGAAGAUCUACCAAGCCAUGUACAAUGCCAUCACCCGCAGCAUUGAAACUGAGCUCGUUCACGCUUGCAAGCGAUACGGCAUCGAUAUAGUAAUUUACAACCCCCUUGCUGGUGGGCUCCUGUCCGGCAAAUAUAAGACCCAGGAUGUGCCGGCAGAAGGCAGAUACAGUGACAAGGCUCAAUCUGGAGAGUUGUAUCGCAAGCGUUAUUUCAAGGACGCGACGUUUGACGCUCUGCGGAUCAUCGAGCCUGUUGUGGAGAAGCAUGGAUUGACACUGCCCGAGACCGCAUUCCGCUGGAUUCGCCAUCAUUCUGCUUUGAAUAUCAAGGAUAAUGGCCGUGAUGGAAUUAUUGUAGGCGUGAGCAGCCUUGCUCAGCUGGAGAACAACCUCAAGGAUAUCCAGAAAGGACCCCUACCCGAGGAAGUGGUCGAGGCGUUGGACAAGGCAUGGCUGGUCGCGAAACCAUCAGCUCCCAACUAUUGGCACCUUGACCUUAAGUAUACUUACGACACUCAGGAAGCCUUGUUCAAACCCACUUCCAAGGCCUAGAUACGAUGGGGGACGCCCGACACAUCAAUCGGAGGAACGUCGGCUAAAGUCUGUAUAUACACCAUGAUAGGAAUGAAUUUUUUUGGCCGA